CAGGAAAUCCAAAACCUACAAGAUUCUUUUUUCUUCUUUAAUUCCAGAAAAAGAUGAGACUAUGUUUAUUGAAUUUUGAAUUCACAAACAUAUUUACAAAUGUACUGACUACUGUCAUGAUUAAAAGCUGCAAUGAAUUCACAAGUUCACAAGGGUCAUGUUUUCACCCAAUAUCCUGCAUAAUAAUUCACUGUACCUAGUACUAAAGAGUCUAAGAUGAAGACAGGCUAAAAAGCUAGCUGGCUGUCGUCUGAUUUUGAGCAAGAAAAACAUGGAGGAAGAAUCAAUCUCACAUGACAUACAAGCUCCCUUGUUAUCCAAUUCUCAGUCAAGGCUACCGGAAAAACAAGAAAAUGAAAAGCUUUGUGAAGAGUCUCCGAUCAGGCAGGUGGCCCUCACUGUUCCUACCACAGACGACGAGACCCUCCCGGUACUCACAUUCCGAAUGUGGGUUUUGGGGAUUUUCUCCUGCGUGGUCUUGUCGUUCCUCAACAUGUUCUUUUGGUACAGAACCGAACCAUUGGCCAUCACGGCGAUCUCAGCUCAGAUCGCCGUGGUUCCACUAGGCCAACUCAUGGCAGCCAAAAUAACUGACAGAAUAUUUUUCCAGGGAACGAGAUGGCAAUUCACAUUGAAUCCCGGUCCAUUUAACGUUAAAGAACAUGUCCUGAUCACCAUUUUUGCCAACUCUGGUGCUGGUUCUGUUUUCGCUAUCUAUGUUGUCACUGGCGUGAAGAUUUUCUAUGCGCGUCACAUCACCUUCUUCGUCUCUUUGCUGGUUGUCAUAACAACUCAGAUAAUGGGGUUUGGAUGGGCAGGAAUAUUUAGAAGAUAUCUGGUGGAGCCGGCAGCUAUGUGGUGGCCUGCUAAUCUUGUUCAAGUCUCCUUGUUCAGGGCUCUUCAUGAGAAAGAGAAAAGGUCCAAAGGCGGAUUAACUCGUACUCAGUUCUUCCUCAUCGCUUUCAUUUGCAGCUUUGCUUUCUACAUCUUCCCUGGUUACCUCUUUCAACUGUUAACUUCCUUUUCAUGGAUCUGCUGGGUCUUCCCGAAAUCAGUUCUAGCACAACAACUUGGUUCUGGACUCCACGGCCUAGGAAUUGGUGCCAUUGGCCUUGACUGGUCUUCCAUUUCUGCCUAUCUUGGAAGCCCGCUGGCAAGCCCGUGGUUUGCUACUGCCAAUGUUGCCGUGGGUUUUUCGCUGUUCAUGUAUGUUGUCACACCUAUAAGCUACUGGCUCAAUGUUUAUGAAGCGAAAAAAUUCCCCAUAUUCUCUGAUGAUCUCUUUACCUCCUCUGGCCAAAUUUACAAUGUUACAGCCAUCAUUGACUCUAAUUUUCACCUGGACUCUGCGGAUUAUGAACGCCAGGGACCCCUUUAUCUUAGUACACUUUUUGUUAUGACCUAUGGUGUUGGAUUUGCAGCUCUCUCUGCCACUGUUGUACAUGUUUUUCUAUUCCAUGGAAGGGAAUUAUGGGAGCAAAGCAAAUCAAGCUUUAAUGAAAAGAAAAUGGACGUGCAUACAAGACUUAUGAGGAAAUAUAAACAAGUCCCGGAGUGGUGGUUUUUGUGCAUCCUCGUGGCCAACGUAGCACUUACAAUAUUUGCCUGCGAGUAUUACAAUGAUCAACUGCAACUUCCUUGGUGGGGAGUACUACUAGCUUGCACCAUGGCCUUCUUUUUCACUCUUCCAAUUGGGAUCAUCACUGCCAUUACAAACCAGGCACCAGGCUUGAACAUCAUCACAGAAUACGUAAUAGGGUACAUCUAUCCAGGGUAUCCGGUUGCUAAUAUGUGCUUUAAGAUAAUUGGUUGGGUCAGUAUGUCUCAAGCAAUUACCUUCCUUCAAGACUUUAAACUCGGUCAUUAUAUGAAAAUUCCCCCUCGAACAAUGUUUAUGGCACAGAUAGUGGGUACGCUUAUGGCAAGUACAGUGUACUUGAUAACAGCCUGGUAUUUAAUGGAAACUAUUCCUGAAAUUUGUGAAACUGCAUCCUCCAGUUUCACUGUGUGGACUUGCCCGAUAGAUCAUGUGUUUUAUGAUGCAUCCGUUGUCUGGGGAUUAAUUGGACCUCGAAGAACUUUUGGAGAUUUAGGCACUUAUGCGAUGGUGAAUUGGUCCUUUUUGCUAGGAGCAAUUGCUCCAGUUCCCGUCUGGUUGGCUCAAAAAGCAUUUCCUAACCAAGAUUGGAUUAGGCUCAUAAACAUGCCAGUACUUAUAGGCGCAGUAGGAUUGAUGCCAGCAGCUACCGCAAUUAACUACAGUGCAUGGAUUAUGGUUGGAUUUUUAUCUGGAUUUGUAGUGUACAGAUAUAAACCGGAUUGGUGGCAACGGCACAAUUAUGUUCUUUCUGGUGCACUGGAUGCUGGACUGGCUUUUAUGGGAGUGUUAUUGUAUCUGUGUUUAGGAUUGGAAGAUAUUGGUCUUAAUUGGUGGGGUAAUGAACUUGAUGGAUGUCCUUAUGCUUCCUGUCCGACAGCUCAAGGGAUUGUGGUCGAUGGCUGCCCUGUGGUAACUAUGUAGCCAUAAAGAGGAAUCAAGUCAUGCAUUUUUUUCACUGUGGCUUUAGUUCUUGUAAUUGCUUCUGUUGCUUUUGAAAGAAUUAUGCAAAAUGCUGGCAGUCAAUUCUUGCACAAGUUAUGGUAUUACUGCUUAAUGAGUAUAGUUACAUUUAUACCGUUA